AUGCAGCGGCACGGCGCCGGCCGGCCGUCGGGCACGGAUGGCUCAGACUUUUCCUACCGCAUGGUCGUCGAAUCCCGGUACCAGAGGGUCGCCGAGGGCAGAUCCCGCCUCACUCGCCUCAUCCUCGUGCAGGCGCUGCACCUAGUGGCCGGAGGCGCGCUUCUGUUGCUGUCGUUGUCCAAGGGGGCGGCGGUGAACAAGUUCGCCGUGCUGUCCGUGGCUGCGGGAUUCCUGGCUAUAGUGGUGGGGGAAUUAGGGCGUAGGCGGACUAUGGCAGUGCUGCUUCGACUUUACACAAGCUUGUCAUCAAUUGCGGUUGCAUUCUCUGUGACGUGCAUUAUCCGGUCAGAGUUGUUCUUGAAGGUUUGGAUUAUGAAAUUCAGAAUAUUGCUGUUUUGCAAGUGA